AAAAUUUUUUAAUGCCUGUGAGUUUGUUUGCAUUGUUUUGCCUCCAUUAAUAACCACUUUAUGCAUAUCAAAUAUUUCUGAAUCAUAAAUGCAGAUUGAAUAAAAGUCAGGAUUCAGUGAUGAGAAACCACACAGUAACAACUUUUACCCUGCUGGGACUGACUGAUGAUCCACAACUGAAGAUUGUGAUUUUCAUCUUUUUAUUUCUCACCUACAUGUUGAGUGUAACUGGGAACCUGACAAUCAUCUCCCUCACCUUCAUAGACUCUCACCUGAAAACUGCCAUGUACUUUUUCCUACAAAAUUUCUCCUUCUUAGAAAUCUCAUUUACAUCUGCUUGUAUUCCCAGAUAUUUGUAUAACAUAUCAACAGGUGACAAAACAAUAGCAUAUAAUAACUGUAUCAGUCAAAUAUUUUUUGCUGAUCUUUUUGGUGUAACUGAGUUUUUUCUCCUGGCUACCAUGUCCUAUGAUCGAUACGUGGCCAUCUGCAAACCCCUGCAUUAUAUGACUAUCAUGAACAACAUGGUCUGUAGAAGACUCAUCCUUUGUUGCUGGAUGGCUGGCUUGUUGAUCAUAAUCCCUCCACUUAGCCUGGGCCUGCAUCUAGAAUUCUGUAACUUCAAUGUUAUUGACCAUUUUUUCUGUGAUGCAGUCCCCCUUCUAAAAAUCUCAUGCUCAGAAACGUGGCUUAUAGAGCAAAUGAUCAUAGUCUGUGCAGUGUUGACCUUUAUCAUGACCCUCAUGUGUGUUGUUCUCUCAUAUAUAUACAUCAUCAAGACCAUUUUACAAUUCCCUUCUGCCCAGCAAAGGAAAAAGGCAUUUUCCACAUGUUCUUCCCAUUCGAUUGUGGUCUCCAUCACCUAUGGAAGCUGUAUUUUCAUCUAUGUUAAGCCUUCAGCAAAGGAAUCAGCAGGUAUUAAUAAGGGUGUGGCAAUGCUCACUACUUCAAUUGCUCCUAUGCUGAACCCCUUCAUUUACACCUUGAGAAACAAGCAAGUUAAACAAGCCUUUGGUGAUGCAAUCAAAAGAAUUGCAUUAUUCUCCAAGAUCUAA